AUGACUGCCGGUAUGCCUACAUCACCAGUCUGGUUCACAGAAAACCAUAUCAGCAAUCGCAGUAUAUCAUCUCCCAGCCGAAUUCUCAACUCUCCUUACCAAUCAGGAUCUGUGGGAGUACAAAACUUGGGAUCAAUAAAAGAACGACAGUCAAUGGUGUCGUUCCUCGAACACCAAGGACGGCAAGCCGAGGAGGAAUCAGAUGAAGAAUCAGUUUCAUCGACGGAGUCCUCUGCAGGCAUCCCCAUCCGUUCUGUCAAAGCCCGCGGGCACUCCAUAGCUACAGCAGCAACAUCACUCACCUCGGGAAGCGGCAACCUACCAUCACCGAAAAGUCUAUCACCUGUCGAGCGAGGACAUGAGUACAGCUGGAUUGAUGUUGAUUCAGAUAGCGACAACGAUGAAGAGACGCGACCUGAAAUUCGAGGCCAAUUAGCCUCGCCAAAGGGAAUGGCUGCUCUAUCACCAAGGCCACCAACACCACCAAAUAUGGAGUCAACAUUUGACAUCACAGUCAUGAUGGAAGCUCCACAGCCUCGUCUACAUAGAGCAUGUUCCUGCAUCGAUGAAUCUUCGAAGAGCAGCUUGAAACAGCACAGAAGACAAGAGUCAGCAAAAUCCCUGGACUCACCGGUCAUUCCUCCUCGAGUAACAUCUCUCACAAGUGUGACAAAUUCAUUGGAUACAACACCAAGACUCAAAACGCCCGUGUUUGAUUCGCGGAUAAGCCCCGAUAAUUUUGGUUACACCAACUCAUCAUUCUUUACUCAACGCUUUCGCGACGAGACAGACAAUAACACAAUCCUUUUAAAAUCAGACUUUGGAUCUAUUGAGCUGGAAAUCGAGGACGAAGAUACAUAUAUGGACCAUUGCCCGCCUCCCCCACCAUUGUCCCGCCCGGAUACAGUCUAUAUCGAGCAGACACCACCACCUUCUCCGUUACCAACUGUCGAAUCAUGGCUGGAUGGUUCAAAUCCCCCUCUCCCCCAGAUUCCUAAUGACGAUUUGGUCAAGGCAGUGCCUCUUCCUCCAGAGAUCGUCGAGACGCUCAGAGUUUCAAUUGCUUGCUUCCCAGAGACAAUGUUGUUGUCUUCGAGCUUGACCACAGAAACGAUCCGAUCGUACUCCAAGAAGGUCAGAAAUCCUUCGGCAGACAUCUGGGCUGACCCAACAUCCGACUCAUCAUCUUCACACCCUCGAAGGUCGAUCUGGAAAAAGGUCGUCUCACACGGUCGCGACUCAAGUGCCGCUAGACGUCACCGGUUACACUCAUAUCAUAGUAACAGCUCCUCGGGCGCCGUCGCAUCCCCAAUCCCAUGGGCUCCGCUGCGACAUGUGUUUCCUGGUUGCUCAGAUUACAUCUGUGAUGCUCUGUAUGCCCACAUCGUGGCCUACAACUACGUCUCACGAGUUCCCCGCAACCAGCCCUCUGGCAAACGAGCAUCGAUCGCAGAUUCGAAGUCACAAGGCGAAAACAUUCCAAAGAAAGCCGCCUCACUUCUUGGGCUUAGCGCACCUCAGGCGAAUCCCACGCCCAACCUUGGCCGAUUUGCUAGGAAGUUUAGCUCCCCACUUACAGCCAUUGGCUUCAACAAGGAAGAGCCAUCAACUGUAACCACUCAAGAUAACGCGACACGAAACAUCGAGUCAGGACUACUUCGCUGUAUCUCCAGACUCAUCGCCACUGCCAAGAUGAUCACAGAGAAUGGUACUGCGGAGGAGAGAAUCAUGGAUGCCGAACCACACGAGAUGGAUAUGAUUUUAGUGCGAAGUCUCUGUGAGAUUGUGAGACUAUCUGAAGAAGCUUCAUGA